UCAAUAAAGAAUAACAUUUCUAACUCUGAACUUUGUACUGAACCAGACAAAAUUACGUGUACCCAAAAGGUAAAAAUUUACAUACAGUGAUAGUCUCAUUACAUAUUACAGUAAUCUAGUUGUGAUCUCAUUAUGACGUAGUCGAAUUAUGGUGAAAUUUGUAUGACAUGAUGACUUAAGUCGUGUUUACACUAGCAGCCUUGGCCUACAUUUUGACAGUGUAAACAGACUUUGGCCUAGCCUUGGCUUGAUCUAGGCCAGGAAAUCUGGGCUCACUACAACCGAUGGCCUAGGCCUGGCCUAGGCUUGUGGAAAUGUAAACACUUUCGGCCCUGGCCUGGGCCUUAUUUUCAUGGCAACGUGUGUCCACAGUGAGAGAUUGGCGGACAACCAGCGGACAACGUCACAACACAUAAAAAUACACAAAACUAAUAACAAAAUUCUAGGCCAAAGUGAGCCUGUCUUAAAAAAAUAGUGUAAUGGUGUAAACGCUCCACAUUUACCUUGGCCUGGCCAAGUAAAAGAAAAGGCUUGUAGUGUAAACACGACUUUAGUUAGUUAGUUUCGUCAUGGUGUACUGUAUACGACAAUCGACAUGGUUUCAUUUUAAUCUCAGUCUAUUAACCAUGUUUUAACGAGGUCUAAUUUAUACCUAAAUGUACAUGCAAGUUGCAUUAUGACCUCAGUAGUAUAAUGUACACCGAUCGAUGUGAUAAGUAUAGGUUAUGAUGGGAUUCAUGGUUAUAAGUUUAGUUAUCACAUAUUUAUAUUGUACCCCGUUAAUUACCUCCAAUCUCAUCCCAGCAAUUAUAUCGGUUUUAUUAUUCGGUUAUAUUUAUAGGCUGAACUGAUUAUCAGCAAACAUGUUGAACGUCGUAAACAAGAACGAAUCGGUGAUCCUGGUAUGUUUUGUCUGUAAUAAUUUUGGUUGUACAGUAUCCAGAAAAAAUGCAUUGAAACAUUUUUUAUGUAUAUACAUAUCUUUUGAUUGAAGCGAUGAGACAUGACAUAAAGUACCAAAAUAACGCGUUAUUGUCAAUGUAUGAUUUUAAUCGAUCGUAUAUUCAAUUAUUUAGAACGGUACGGUAUAAAACCAUCACUGGGGGAACGAAGCAUACGGAAACUACCGGCCUCCGACACUGCACAAAGUUACCUAACUAACGUUACAGAUGAAACUACUCAGAAUUUUGACAGAUUACAACUAACGACUGCAGAAACUGAAGGUCGGUAUAUUUAGCAACCAUGAUCACUAAAUCUGGUGUUUUGUAUAAUGAAGGACAAUGUAGGACCAGUUUAGUUGAUGAUAGUAUAAGAACACUGUACUCUCAUGGAUUGUAAAAUAACUGAAUAGAAAACUUCCUGACGUCAGCCUAAACCUAGUUGCAAUCUGUGACGCCACGUGUAUUGCCAAAGUUCUCAGCAUUUUUGUUGUUUCGCUAUAUUUUCCGCUUUAAAAGAGUAAUAUUGAAGCAUAAACUGGUCUAAUUGUUUUAAAAACAUGCCUAAGCCACGACAAAGUAUUCAAGGUAAAUGUUUUUCGUCUUUGUUUUGUAUUUUUUUACAUUUGUAGCUACGAAAUUGGCGUCGCCAAUUUUUACGAAAUUUGCGAUGCAUUUUUCACUGUUUAGUGCUUGAAAUAUUUGCUAAAAUUGACCGGGAAUACUUAGAGAUUUCAUCGUAGAAUGGCCUAGUUAUAUUUAUUUGCUCUUUGACUAAAAUGUUUAGCUGUAUUAUCGCUAAACAUGCCGUUUUUGAGAAUUUGGUUUACAACUAGGUUUCAACGCCAUCAUCCCAUUGAAAAUAUUAGGUCACGUCAGCUAGUUUCCUAUCCAUGUAUUUUAUCAUCUAUGGUACUAUACAUAUGAGAUUGGAAGGGGCAUGAAAUGAUGGUUUUAUAAAGAAAGCGUGUAUAUCACGUAUUGAGUCACAACCUAGCCUGUGUUCCAGUCCACUACACCACAGAGAAGAGAUAUACAGAGAGGUUCACUAUUUUAUUAAAUUUUGCCCAUGCAGAGGAAAAAACUAUACAUAUUAUAGAAGUAUUCAUGUUUUUUAUGCAAGAGUUAUAUUUUGAGGCAUUUAUAUCAUUCGCUGCUUUGUUUUUUAUACAUGAGCAUCUGAAAUUCCCAGCCAGUGCUUUUCACGAUUUUAAUAAGGAGUAAAUAGGGAAAAAAACAAACUUUUGCAAAAUAAAAUGUUAUGAAAUCAAUAAAAAUUAUCGCUUACCGUUAUUCUACAAUAAUUUAUUGGACAAAAUUUCCAUGGGUAUCUCAUUUUUUUUUAAAAAAAAGCGAUUUUCACCUUUCGAACGGCGUUUUCCCUAAUCUUUUGCUAUGAAAUUUCAGCGACGGCACUGCUGGACGAUUUUGCGUGGUGCGUGGAACGCGUGACACAAAAAUUCAGGUUAUCGAGUGUCAGUUUCCUCUCUGUAUAUCUCUUCUCUGUGACUACACACACACACUGCCUCUUCCGCAGGACCUCGUUGCGUCAUGGGAAGGUCACACACAAUCUGGCGAGGGCCUGCGGAAUCUUGUAAAAAAAUGGCGCCGGCGUCACGUCAGCAAGUAAAUUUAUACAUUAUCUUGAAUAAACAUGCUAUAAAAAAGCGGCGUGAAACCUGUAAAUUAAAAUGGCGACUCUAAGGACGCGGAAGGAAGCAUUUUUUAACGAUAAGGUUUGUUGUCCACACCAACGCUGCACGAAUAAAACUGCCUUCUUUAACGAAGCAGGUUUAGAACAACAUUUAUUCAUUUUACAAGAUUCCGCAGGCCCUCUCGAAAUCGUGACCUUCCCAUGACACAACGAGGGCCUGCGGAGGAGGCAGACACACACAACGGUGUAGUGGACUGGAACACAGGCUAGUCACAACCGAGAAACACUUCCCAUGUAAUAAGCUUUCGUAGGUGUGGAUGUAACUACCUGAAAAAUAUAAUGUAGUAACUCCAGACGAAGGGCCUUCGCUCGAAACGUCAAAAUUCUCCUUAUUUUUAGGUAGUUCCAUCCCCAACGAAAGCUUGUCUAUAUUAUUGGCACUACCUACACUGUCACUUGCAAAGGCAGUUCAAUCUUCAUGAACGAUUUUCUCCUAUUUCUGUAGGCGUAUCGUCACUUCAAAGCGAUCAGUUAAGAGAAGUUAACGUUGAACAACACGAGAAACAUUUCCCGCAAUUCUCUGGAAUGAACAAUGCCAAUACUGGAAUUUAUUCAUUUUAA